ACAGUGUGGUGUCUGGAGCGGAAGGGAGGGGAGUGAGAAUGUCAUUGAACGGCGAGAGAGGGAGAGAGUGUGAGCCUCACGGGGGCCGCCCGAUCCUGCUGCGUGUCUUAUCAUACUGAAGGAAGGCCUUGCAGUGAACAAUUGCCCAGUGAAGGGUUAGCGUUCUCAGUGUCAGUGUCAGCCUGCUAUAGUGUCUAGUUGUGUCCGGAACUCUGUGUGUCAGCCUGGUUGGUAAUCGAGUGUUUACCCGGUGUACCCGGUGAUGGCAGAGACUGAGGACAUGACGGUCGGAGGUGCCGCCUCCUUUUGGCUCCGGCACGCCGAUAAGGCCGUGACGACACCAAUCAGGGCCAAAAUAACAGGUCACCUACCAUCAUGGUUGCACGGGAACCUAUACCGGAACGGUGCAGCCGUCAAGGAGAUCGGUCCCGACCGUUUCAACCAUUUGUUCGACGGUCUGGCCUGCGUUCACAAGUUUAACAUCGACGGCGCCCGCGGUCAGGUCACUUACCAGAAUCGUUUCCUGGAGAGUGACGAGUACCGCGCUGACAUGGCCGCUGGCAGGAUAGAGGUGUCCACCUUCGGUACACUGGGCCGCCAGGACCUCUGUAGGAGCCUGUUCGGACGACUGAUGUCGACAUUCCGCGAUCUCCGCGGCAGGGGAUCGGCCACCGACAACUGCUCCGUCAACGUGGGGUACUUCGGCACCGAGCUGUACGCCAUGACCGAGACGAGCAAGAUCUGGAGGCUGAAUCAGGAGGACCUCGGCGCCGAAAAACAGGUGGACCUCAGUAAGGUGGUGGCCGUGAACCAGGCGACAGCGCACCCGCACGUGGACCCGGACGGCACCGUGUAUAACGUGGGCAGCUCAUUCACGGGACGGACACCGAGUGUUAAUGUCAUCCAGUUUCCCGCCUCGGGCUCGCCGGUAGCCGAGACGGGCCGAGUGGUGGGCACCAUCCCCCACCGCUGGCCCAUGGAGCCCUCCUACUUCCACAGCUUCGGUAUCACCGAGAACUACUUCGUCUUCGUGCAGCAGCCGCUCGUCAUUCAGGUCAAGAAGCUGGUGACGCUCAAACUGAUGAAGAGGCCGGUCACAGAUGCCAUCACGGAAAAGGCAGCCGAAGGCACGUGGAUCAGACUGGUGGACCGUCGCACUGGCGAACUACACCAAACCCUCUUCAAGGCGGACACCUUCUACGCGUUCCACCACGUUAACGCUUAUGAGGAGGACGGACAUGUGGUCGUGGAUAUCUGUGCACAACUGCCGGGCAAAUGCAGCAUAAUGGACGCGGCGGCAGUGAAACACAUGAGUUCCAACGAAUCAUCGGGCGUCGAUGGACCCAUGCUGCGCUUCGUGCUGCCUCUGGAGCCCAAGUCGGACGUCUCCCCAGAGACAAACCUCGUCUCUCUACCGGAUGAGACAGCCACCGCGUACCCCCGGCCGGACCAGUCGGUAUACUGCGUACCACGUACUCUAAACCCACCCGAGUACCGUACUCUGGACCUUCCUCGCAUCAACUACGAGUACAAUGGUCACAAGUACCGGUACGCGUACACGUGUCGGUUCGUUCGAGCUGUUGGAAAUUCGGAACGGCUCGUCAAGCUGGACGUUCAGACAGGCGCCUCGUGCUGCUGGUACGACCCCUCGUGGACGCCCUCGGAGCCAGUGUUCGUUCGUCAGCCAGGCGCCACCUCCGAAGACUCGGGGCUGAUUCUGGCCUCUUUGCUACACGUCACUGAGCCCCGGCGCACGGCUCUGGUGGUACUGAACGCAGAAACUAUGGAAGAACUAGCGCGGGCGGAGGUGGAAACGGAUGCCGUCAUCGCGAAGGAUUUUCAUGGCCUGUUCGCUGCGGUUAGUGAGGCGGUGCAUCGCUUCUAGCGUGGAAUGUGCGGCAGGAAAUGGAAAGGUGGGUGUGCUUGUCUAACGAUGCCUUUGGCCAGUGUGUCCAUCGCUUCUAACGUUCGCAAUGGAUAACCAACGACGGAUAGAUUGGUUUGAUCGUUUCGUUAAUCGCACAGUAUAAAACAAUUCAUUUACCUCGUUCAUUCCUAAAUAGUUCCGUUUGUCGAUUGUGAACUUUUAUUGAGACUCGAGCCUUUGUAUGAUGCGCAUUAACUUUGGCUCAUGUAUUUGCCAUAUGGCGCCUGUCAGGUGUAGGUAAAUGUGCUGAUAUGAAUUGUAUACUCGUUAAUAUGCUGGUCCUUGUCUAUAUAUACACUUGUGAAGUCCGUCUGGAAAUGCUCCCGCUCUUAGCCUGUGCAACGUCUUCAUGAAUUGGUUCAUUAUUUUCUCGAUCGACUCGAUCUCGGUAUCUAUUUGAUGCGUACCAAAAGUUUACACCUCUGAUGAAUAGAAUGAAUUGAUGAGACUGAACAACGUCGUGAUAAUCGAUACCCAAUGUUACGGGGCCUCGACGAUAAAAGGUGUGCGCAUUGUUCGAACUAUCAAAAGGUAUAGCGAAACUGCUACAGCUUUUUGAAAGUCUGUUCGACCGUGGGCUUUCCCGAGGUCAUUAAAACGAUCUUUCUCAUUUAUAUUUCAUGACAAACGACGUGCUAUCCUAAUUCGUAAAUAAAUAAAGACCAGUGCAAUGCCCAUUA